CGAGCACUGCACGAGGACCCACCUGCCAGUUGCUAGCACGAUUCCAUUUCGACCUCGCCGCGAACGCCAGCUACCGGUUCGCGCUCGCGCCACAGCGCCGAACGCAUGGCGCUCCUCCUCCUCCUCGUCCUGCUCCGCUCCGCCGCCAGCGCUGGCGCGGGCGCUGAACCGCAUCGCUCCCCGGCCACUGCCCUCUUCGUCCUGGGCGACUCCACGGUCGGCUGCGCCGCGGCGACGGCGAGCAGCAUUCUGUCGCUCAACCUGACCACCACCACCACCACGCUGCCGUCCUCGCUCUCCGGCGAGCCGUGCCUCUUCUUCCACGAGGCGCGGCUCCGCGUCCCGGACCUCCUCGCGGCCAAGAUGGGCCUCCCUUCGCCGCCCCCGAUCUCCGCGCUCAACGGCACAGCGUCCGCCGCCGCGCGCGGCGUCAACUUCGGCGGCGGCGGCGGGCAGCUGCUGUUCUACGGAGGCGGAGGCGGGGUGCGCGGGCCGGCGUCCGUCUUCCUCACGGGCGCCGUCGGGCAGCAGGUCCGCCUCGCCUCCGAGACGCUGCAGCUGCUGCGGCUCGAGGCCGCCGCGCCGGGGGAGCCGUCGUCCUCGCCCGCCGCAGUGUUCGUCCUGUCCUUCGGCGCCGACGCCUACGCGCGCCUGCUCGCGCGCGGGCCCGCCGAGGCCGCCGCCGCCGCGCCCAAGCACGGCCGCCGCGGGCUCGCCCGCCUCCUCGCCGACCGCGUCGCGCGCGCAGUCUCGGAGCUGUACGAGGCCGGCGCGAGGAGGGUGGCGGUGAUGGGGGUGCCGCCGCUGGGGUGCGCGCCGCGCGUCGUGUGGGAGCGGUCGUCCCCCGUCCGCGACGGCGGCGCAGGAUGCGUCGAGGAGGCGAACGAGCUGAUCCAAGGGUACAACGGCAGGCUCGCGGCGAGGCUGGACGAGCUGCGGCUGGCGCUGGCCGGCGCCGACGUUGUGUUCUGCGACGUGUACAAGGGGAUGAUGGAGAUCAUCUCCAACCCGACCACGGUUCGAGGAGACGAGGGAGGCAUGCUGCGGGCUGGGGCCCAUGAGGGCCACGGUGGGCUGCGUCAGCAAGGAGAUGGCGUGCGGCGCGCCGGAGCGCCACGUGUGGUGGGACAUCUACAGCCCCACGGAGGCCGCGGAUGCCCUCGUGACCAACUGGUCCUGGUCGUCGGACGGCUCCGGCGCCACCAGCAUCUGCGGCCCCAUCUCUCUGCAGCAGCUGGCUGCAGUGUCGCCGUCGCCGCCGGGGGCGUAGGAACAAACCACUCGUUGUAUUUAGUUCACUCGUAUUACCCGCCGGAGACCACUCUUAUUUAGGAAUCUCUUGGCCUAUGACUACGGGCGGUGCGUUAAGAGAACCGUCAAUGGAUAUAUUGUUUUUCAAUGGCCUUUAGCACUGAUGGCUCCGAAAAAAAGCUAGUAAGUAGGUUUCCAAUCGUCAAUGUAUGGUUUCUCUGUACUUGUGGACUCUAAGUCGUCUGAGCGAUGCGGUUCUAUUGCCCGGAGAACAGUAGGUAAAAGGAGACACGGACGUUAUUUGAACA